CCAUGGCAACACGCAGUCUCUCUCCCAUUCUCACUCUGUCAGCCCCCAUUUAAGCGUUCACCUAAUCAUUCAACACAAGUCACCGAUAAAACUCACCAUUUCCUCUGCUUUUAGAAAAAAAAAAAAAAAAAAAAAAAAAAAACAGAGCAAAGCAAAGCAGGGUAAGGAAAACAGAGUACAAAGUGGAAGAUGGUGACUGAACAGAGAACACCAGAGGAGUCGAAGGUGGCGGCGUUGGAGAGCAGUGGAACAAUGAGUGGACCCCUCGUCGAAGCCGCCGAAGGGACCCGCCGGCGCCGGAGGGUGGAGGCCAUGCAAUUGGUUCUGAGAGCAUUGUGCAUGGCCUCCUCUGUUGUUGCCAUCUCACUAAUGGUCACUGCCAAGGAAUCUAGCUCUGUCUCCAUCUAUGGCUUUCUCUUACCUCUUCACUCCAAGUGGUCUUUCUCUGAGUCCUAUCAAUAUCUUGUUGGGGUUUCAGCUGCUGUCGCAGCGCAUUCCUUGUUGCAACUACUGAUUGGCACAUCGAGAUUUCUUAGGAUGUCUUCUGUGAUUCCUUCCAGAAAUCAUGCAUGGCUUAUUUUUGCUGGGGAUCAGGCAUUUGCUUAUGCAUUGAUGAGUGCUGGAUCUGCUGCAUCUGGAGUGACCAAUCUGAAUCGCACAGGAAUUAGACACACGGCUCUGCCAAAUUUUUGCAAGCCUUUGCACAAGUUUUGUGACCAUGUUGCCAUCUCAAUAGCCUUCACUUUCACCAGCUGUUUUAUUCUAGCUACCUCAGCUGUUCAGGAUGUAAUAUGGCUAUCCCAACACUGAAAUGUUUUAUAUUACACGUAAAAUGUAACCAAACAUGUCAUACUAUAAUAUCUUCCUUACCCUUUUAGACCUUGUAGUCAGUGUUCAUGUUUUCAUAAACGUUGCAUCUUGUGUGCCA